CUUCUUUCAACAGCAGCAACAGUUAGUCAGACACCUCGGUAGCUUGAUAGACAAAUAGCCGAACCAAUAAAGCUCUUUAGACGCUUUAGUGUAUAUUAGCCACUGUGUUUUAUACCCACUUCUAUCGUGUAGUUAGUUACCCGAUUUAAUUUCAUAUUUACGGUGUAGUUAUUAGUCAGCUAGCGGGCUGGUUAAGUUAGCAUUAGCCUAGCUAGCUAACAUCUCCGACCAUGCGGUCACUAAGCUGCUCCCCUGCUAAAGAAGAGCAGAAUGUCACAGUAAAACAAGAAGUAGAGGGUGAAGCUGUUGCCGUGAAAGAAGAAGAGGAAGACGUUUCAGUGAAAGAAGAGGAAGACGCGUUCAGAGUGAAAAAGGAGGAGGAUGUUACAGUAAAAGAAGAGGAAGGGAAAGAGGAGGAUGCAGUUUUUGGAGUGGAGAAGGAAGGGGAGAUUACUGUCACAUUGAAAGAUGAAGAGGUGGAGGUAGGAGAUCUGAUUAACACCAGAGAGAGACGUGACGAUCGUGGAUCCUCUGGGGAGCCUCAACAACCUCAUGAUGCUGAGGAGACAGAGAAGAGUCUCUCCAGAUCAGAACAUCUCAAUAAACACCCACAGAGACCCACAGGGAAGGGAACUUACUGCUGCUCUGACUGUGGGAAGAGAUUCACAUCAUCAGGCAUUAAAAUUCAUCAGAGAACACACACAGGAGAGAAAUCUUAUAGCUGUGGUCAAUGUGGGAAGAGUUUUACUUCAUUUGGCAAUCUGACUCAACACCAAAGAACACACACAGGAGAGAAAUCUCAUAGUUGUGAUCAAUGUGGGAAGAGUUUUAGUCGAUCUGGAGAUCUGACAGUGCACAAGAGAAUACACACAGGAGAGAAACCUUAUAGCUGUGGUCAAUGUGGGAGGAGUUUUAGUCGAUCUGGAGAUCUGACAGUGCACAAGAGAAUACACACAGGAGAGAAAUCUUAUAGCUGUGAUCAAUGUGGGAAGAGAUUUGCUACACCUGGCCACCUGACUCUACACCAGAGAACACACACAGGAGAGAAUCCGUAUAGCUGUGAUCAAUGUGGGAAGAGAUUUGCUACACCUGGCCACCUGACUCUACACCAGAGAACACACACAGGAGAGAAACCUUAUAGCUGUGAUCAAUGUGGGAAGAGUUUUAGUCGAUCUGGAGAUCUGACAGUGCACAAGAGAAUACACACAGGAGAGAAACCUUAUAGCUGUGGUCAGUGUGGGAAGAGAUUUACUCAGUCACACAGCCUGAUACACCACCAGAGAAUACACACAGGAGAGAAACCUUAUAGCUGUGAUCAAUGUGGGAAGAGAUUUGCUACAUCUGGCAACCUGACUCUACACCAGAGAACACACACAGGAGAGAAACCUUAUAGCUGUGGUCAAUGUGGGAGGAGUUUUAGUCGAUCUGGAGAUCUGACAGUGCACCAGAGAAUACACACAGGAGAGAAACCUUAUAGCUGUGAUCAAUGUGGGAAGAGUUUUAGUCAAUCUGGCAAUCUGACUCUACACCAGAGAACACACACAGGAGAGAAACCUUAUAGCUGUGGUCAAUGUGGGAAGAGUUUUAGUCGAUCUGGAGAUCUGACAGUGCACAAGAGAAUACACACAGGAGAGAAACCUUAUAGCUGUGAUCAAUGUGGGAAGAGAUUUGCUACAUCUGGCAACCUGACUCUACACCAGAGAACACACACAGGAGAGAAACCUUAUAGCUGUGAUCAAUGUGGGAAGAGUUUUAGUCGAUCUGGAGAUCUGACAGUGCACAAGAGAAUACACACAGGAGAGAAACCUUAUAGCUGUGAUCAAUGUGGGAAGAGAUUUACUCAGUCACACAGCCUGAUACUACAUUGCUGUGAUCAAUGUGGGAAGAGUUUUAGUCGAUCUGGAGAUCUGACAGUGCACCAGAGAAUACACACAGGAGAGAAACCUUAUAGCUGUGAUCAAUGUGGGAAGAGUUUUGUUCAAUCUGCCAUCUGA